AUGAAACCUUAUUGUAAGAAAUCUACUGAGAUGAAGAUAGCUAUAGAUUAUUCUCAUAUGUAUAGUGAGUAAGUUUAAUUCUUAAGUUCAGAGCAUUUGGCAAAUAGUAUUAAUUAUAUAUUUCAGUUUGAUAAGAAAGUCAAAGAAGAACAAGAAUUUAGUAAAAUUUAAAAAUUUAAAUUAAAGCUUUUACCAAAGGGGAACUAAAAUCUAUUGCCACUUUUAUAAGUAAUAUAUUGAGGAUUAUCUUUAAGUAAAAUAUAAAAUAAAUAUAGCACAACCUAUAAAUCACAAACAAAAGUUUAGGAAGAACAAAGUCAUCAAUCUUAUCCAUUCUAUGGCUCAUGAAUUAGAAGAAUCAGA